AUGAAAAUUUUAAUUUUAUUAUUUUGUGUUAUCAGUUGCGUAACUUGUAUAAGUGGAGGUGAAGCUGAUCGUUAUAAAAAAUGCUUGCAAGAUUAUGCUGCGAAAACCGGACAACUCGACGCGUAUUGUGAAACUAAAAUUUCGCAACUUAAAGAAGGCAUUGACGAUUCUAUCAAAAGCAUUUUAAAGAGAGAAAAUAUGACAGAAUGUGGAAUGAAGCUUUUUAAGGAUAAUAAAGUCGAUGACAUAGCUUUGAAUGUUUCCAUUCAAAAAUACUCGAAUUCAAUUAUCGACGAGAAAGCUUUCGUGAAAGAAAUAAAAAACAUUUUCGAAUAUAUUGCUGGAAGGGCCGCAAUUUAUUGCUAUCCUGAAGUUAUUGGAAAUUAUAUCGAUGACAACUUAAUUAGAGGACAGUUGGAUGCAAGAGUUUCUCAUGUGAGAGUAUGUGUAUUCAAAUAUUUGAUCGACAUAAAAAUCAUUGACCCAAAGCGACAUAACAUCAGUGAAGGAAUUUAUGCGAAUGAGAAUUGCGAGUCAGAAUUUGUAGAAUGGCGAGAAAACUUUCCUAGCGCUUCGUUAUCGCUAAUGUCCUUUGAUGAUUUUAGAGUAAUCUUUCGAUUGUCUUCGGCAAAACUUGAUGAAUGUGAGCAUCAAAAAGCGAAGGAAGAAAAAUUACACGAACAAAUGUUUUCAUAUCUGGUUUUGGCUUUUUUCGACAAAUCUGACCCUCAAUUACAAGAAAGGCGAAUAAACUUUUUCAAUUUGUAUAAAAAAUUCCUUGAAAAUCAAUUAAAAUGUAUGAAGAAAGUCUUCGAAUGUGCCGAUGAAUAA